AUGCCCAAGGGGACAGAGUUCUUCAACGCCGCGUCCACGGACAGUGCAUCAACCAAGACGGCAGAUGUCAGAGGACGCAGCGGGUCCACAUCAUCGGCCAAGUAUCGUGUUAGCUCUCGACCGACCAACCUGCCGCUUCCAAGCUCAACAGAUGCGGCAGACACUUCGUCUCGCUCACCCGAGCUGCGGCUGAAUGCAGCCAACAUGUCAACACUACUCAAACGCAUGAGCAAGAAUUCAUCGAGUACUGAGACGAGUGGGGAGCAAAGGAACGCGCGCUUUACUCUCGCAACCGAAGCUGUAUCUCCACCAAGAGGAUUUGGAGCGGCUGGGACGCCCAAGCUGCCGCAGAAGCUGCGGCAACACGUGAGUCGACUACGAAAUCAGUUUGCGUUCGGGUCUAACUCGGCGUCGUCAAGGACGUUAAAUCUGCGUGAUCGAGGGCUUCCGCCUGCUGGAUCUCCCCAGAAAGCCACACGAUCCAGCAUAGUAGCAUCCUCUAUCAACUCCAAGCGCUUCUCCAUUGCCGCGGUAGCGAUGCAACACGCUCGUCGAUCCAAUCAGCUCCAGCAGCUUCUAGCGACCAAAGAGGUUGAAAAGCCAACAACAUACUCAGUCCCUGUAGCAUCCAAACGACCGCUGGAACCGGAGAUUACCGCCUCAAACCCGAGCACGUUUCAUGAUCUCCUCCGCCCGUUGCAGAGCAGCUUGAGCUGUGCAAGUUUAAACGCUGGGUGGUCAAGUGACGAAGAAGACGAAGCUGAGCAACUGUUUCGCCAGAGCGAAAGGGAAAACAGUCGAAUGUUGCGAGUCUGCUGCUCGAUCGAUAACUUGAUGCUGUCGAUAGGGGACCAGGCGCAGGAGCAGAAGCAACCUGAAGCAAUUAUCCGUGGUGCUACUCGAGAUCUCGUCAAGCUUAUUCAAUUCGCGAUGAAACAGGUGAUUUCAGUCAUCUUCGACAAGACUGACGACCAGACGAGUAACAACGGCAGCCCCAGCCAUACUGUUGGAGUGGAGUUGGACGGGAAGGAGGCACAGUACGCGAUGGAGUUUCUGCUGGAAGUUAACGAGCGCAUUGGCAGACUAUACGAGUUUGCUCGCAGUGUGUUCGUGAACGAAGUGGAUGAACUCCGACGACGGAUAAAAGAAGCCGACGAGGAACUCGCCGCUGUUUCAUUGAAAAACGAGCAACUUCAGACGGAGAUGCGAGAUCUGCGCGAUUUCUACGAGCAGAACAAUGCAACCUCAGCUGAUUCCUUCCCAACCAGUAGCUCGGAUCCCAGGCAUCAAGCGCUGGAUUAUCGUAGCGAUGACCCAGCGAUUUUAGCUCUCUCACUUCCCGAAAUCCCGGGAGUUGGUUCAGAGGCAGGCGGGAACGAAAACAGCGCCUUGACGCAGCAGUGUCACGAGCUAUCGCGCCUGCUGGAGCUGGCCAAGCAGGAGAUUCGGUUGAGUCACCACGAACGUGACGUUCAGAAGGCUCGUGUCGCCGAAGUGUCGAGUGCACUGUACCACGACAGCGAGCUCGGGAUGCUUCGAAACCAGCUUCAGAGUGAGAAAAAGCGUGUGCGUGUCCUGGAGAGAGAAAAUCUGACCCUGCGCGAAGAACAAGUGACGAAGCAGCAGUCUCUCGAGGCAUUGCAAGCGGCGGGCCCGACUGCAACUGCAGAUGCUGCCAAUAACGGUCCCUCCGCUUGUCGCCCCUGUCGGCCGUCGAUUGAUUCAGCAAAUACAACUGCAGUAGAGCAACAGCGAAGUGUAGCGCCUCUUAACGACUCGCCUGGAGAAGCUCCAAUGCUAGCGAGUGAACUGACGAUUGAAACCAUAAGCAACCAGUUCAUCCUUUCGAACUAUGAAACAACUCUCCCGAGCGCGUUACAAGAUGGCGCUCAAGGUCCUGCCCUCAACUGGUUUUCACGCAUCGUACACCCUCCGCCAGUAGCAAACGCACGAAAGCCUCGCAAGAAGCAACUGGACGCGAAGCCUGAGCAGCGAUCUCCCAUGGAAUUAAGUAACUUUAUUGCUGGUUUGCUGAUGACAGACAAGCAGGUUGCUGUCGCAAAGGAAGAGUCGAAAGCACGCAAACAAGGGAACGUGCCGACCUUAAUCCCUCCGAUGAGAGCACUGGCAGCUCGUUCAGCGGAGGGCUCAGGCUCACGUAAAACCGCCAGCAAGACGCGGAGGCCUCAGUCAGCUGCAGCUACAAGCUCCUCGGGCAAUGGCAUCAGUUGCAUCAACAGCGCAGAAGCUGAGGAAUGCAAUGAAGAGAUUGUUGCGGGUUGUCUCCAGCUAGCAUGGGCCUUUUAUCAGCGAUUCUUAGUCGCGGUUGAAGCUCAAAAUCUCCUCGGUAACCGAGGAAUUGGCGGAGAUCCAAUGUUCGGGUCAAGCGUUUGCUCCAGUGCUGGCAAGUCGGCGUCGGUAUCGCUGUCCCUGAUUGUUUUUCACUUCUUCUUGGAGCGAUGCAGUCGCGAACAGGAUGCUGUUCAAGAGCUGGAACAGUUUGUGCGCUGUCUUCACAGCGUACGGAGUGCCUGUUACAGCUUGGAAUUGUUUUGCCAGUUUUUGGAGGAAUCGUGUUCACGUCAAGAGCUCUGCUUCUUCUUGUGGCUUUCUCAAGCGAUGGAUGACAUCCGGCUUGGUAUUCCGUACGACGACCCUCUUCCAAGCUACUACGAGGGUGCAAAUAGCCACCAACCACAAUUUAUCUGCGUGCUCAAGGCAACAUUCCUUGCGAGAUCCAUCUUCAGACUGCUUCACUUUAAAGUUUUAUGUCGACCAUCAACAGCGAGGAAAAGUAAACGUCGAGGCAAAGCCAAGCGGGGUCCUACCAAGGGGAGUAGCCAGAGCAUUCCUGUCUCUGUAGUUGCACCAACAUCCCCGUCCGCCUCUCCACAGCGUAAACCCAAGACGCGGUUGGGCGAACUAUCUGCCGCUCUACUUGUACCUGAGAUUGCCGCCGUGGACGUGCCAGAUACCGGACAAGUGGAGCAAAAGCAGAUCCCUGAACAUGUUGCUGCUCAAACUGCGCUUCGUGAAAUCAUUGAAAAGAACCAGGGGGAGUCCAUCUCAUUGGAGACUUUCAACAAUCUGUUAGUAAAGUUUGCGGUCGUACCUUCACCUGAAGAGCUGGCAGCGCGAUUGGGGCCGUUCUAUCAGCCUACAGGAGACGAACGUAAGAUACCAACCGAUGUCUUCCUGGCGUUGCUGAUGGAAACGUACAAGCUCCAGCUCCAGUGGGAACGCGAUCAGUUGCGGGCGCUAUUUGUUCAUAUAAACCACCAGGAGGAAAUGCAGCAGCGAACAACCGAGACGUUGACUAAGACAGAGGCCGCGAAUGGCAAGGGAGAUCAACCCAAAGCUGAAAGCACGAAGCUGCGUGUUGAUGCACUGAUGGAAGUCACAGGCGUGAUAUCAACGAAGCGACAGCAGAGUCGGGGCGUCAAGUCUCCUACCAAGUCAAAACGGGCAUCACCUGUGGUCUUCCCAAGCCCGACUGCUAUCGCAAUCCGUGAAAAGUGGCGUGUGUAUGCUCGACAUAGUCUAGCUCUAUGCAACAACGAUCCCAAUGUCUUCAUCCGUCGUCACACCCAACGAUUAUUGCACUAUGUGGAUCAAGAACUCGGUCAAUCCGAGAGUGACAGUGCGGUCAAUUGUAUCCGUGAGUUUCUCGCAUUUGCCUGGCGAUUAGCAGCCAAACGCAGCAGGAAUGAAGCGUCUGCACUAAGGCAGACCUGCUUAACGGAGAUAUAUCUCGUCAGUCAGGCACUACGCCCUUGCAUCGAUUCCAUGUCGGGAUACCACGGGCAGUUUGCUGCUGUCGAAGAUAAUUCUGCUGGAGAAGACAAUCCGGUAAUCCCUCAACGCCGAUCGAGCGACGCUGUCGUAAUCAUGAAGGACGCGCUUCAUAGUUUCUAUGAUACUUCUCGAAUGAAUCUCAGCCAGUUCAUCAAGGACAAAAGGGCUCGCACCGAUUGCGCAUCUGGACAACUGCACGAGCUGGAGAAUGUGCUGACACUGUACGCAGCUCACAUUGAACAUCUCUUUCAACGGUUCUCAGAAGCGCGCUACAACUGCUCGCCUCAGGUUCCUUUUCUUCGAUGGAGGGCCAUGAUGUAUGAGCUCGAGCUCGUGCACCCUCGCAAUCUCCCCGUUGUAAGGUUACAAGCUCUCUUUAACAGCGUCGUGAAAGCUUUAGAGCCUGCCAGUUCGACUGACGGCUCGCUAGAUCAAGAAGUUGGCGUGGGGAAAUCGCAGUUUUCGGAGCUGUUUGUCAGAAUUGCGAUUGAAAGGCAUCGUGUGGCAUUAACUCGCAAACGAGAGAAGGCUCAACUGGCAACAACCAAGAAGACUCAAGACGAUAACAGAGAGACCAUGCUGGAAGCCGCGGAGCUCGCGGCUUGUCCGGCACGAAUCAUGGCACAAUUCUGUCGCAAGAUUCUCGCCCCACGGGCUUUUGCGAGCAACAACCGUCUUGUCGAGCGAAACUUCGCUGCAAAACUCAGCUGUCCUCUUCAGAAGAAAACGCUGCUCUCUUGCGGGCCGACCCAGGCUCCGACUUUCAACUGGAAAAGACCAAGCGAAGCUCCAUGA